AUGUCGGACUACAGCACCGGAGGUCCCCCGCCCGGCCCGCCGCCUCCCGCUGGCGGAGGAGGAGGAGCCGCGGGUGCGGGAGGAGGCCCUCCGCCGGGCCCGCCGGGUGCGGGAGACCGGGGCGGCGGAGGCCCUGGCGGCGGCGGCCCGGGUGGAGGAGGCGCGUCCGGGGGCCCUUCGCAGCCUCCCGGUGGCGGCGGUCCGGGGAUACGCAAGGACGCCUUCGCCGACGCCGUGCAGCGGGCCCGCCAGAUUGCAGCCAAAAUCGGAGGUGAUGCUGCUACCACCGUGAAUAACAACACUCCUGAUUUCGGUUUUGGGGGCCAAAAGAGACAGCUGGAAGAUGGAGACCAGCCAGACAGCAAGAAACUGGCUUCCCAGGGAGACUCAAUUGGUUCUCAGCUGGGACCCAUCCAUCCUCCCCCCAGGACCUCAAUGACAGAAGAGUAUAGGGUUCCGGACGGCAUGGUGGGCUUGAUCAUUGGCAGAGGUGGUGAGCAGAUAAACAAAAUCCAGCAGGACUCAGGGUGCAAAGUUCAGAUCUCACCAGAUAGUGGCGGCCUCCCUGAGCGCAGUGUGUCCCUGACUGGAGCACCUGAGUCUGUCCAAAAGGCAAAGAUGAUGCUGGAUGACAUUGUGUCUCGGGGCCGUGGAGGCCCCCCAGGGCAGUUCCAUGACAACGCCAACGGGGGUCAGAAUGGCACAGUGCAGGAGAUCAUGAUCCCUGCUGGCAAGGCUGGCCUGGUCAUUGGCAAGGGUGGAGAGACCAUCAAGCAGCUGCAGGAGCGGGCUGGGGUGAAGAUGAUUUUAAUUCAGGAUGGCUCCCAGAAUACAAAUGUGGACAAGCCGCUGCGGAUUAUUGGGGACCCAUACAAAGUACAGCAAGCCUGUGAGAUGGUGAUGGACAUCCUGCGAGAACGUGACCAGGGUGGCUUUGGGGACCGCAAUGAAUACGGAUCUCGGGUUGGCGGAGGCAUCGAUGUGCCUGUACCUCGGCAUUCGGUUGGUGUGGUCAUUGGCCGGAGUGGAGAGAUGAUCAAGAAGAUCCAGAAUGAUGCUGGUGUGCGCAUCCAGUUCAAGCAAGAUGACGGGACCGGCCCUGAGAAGAUUGCUCACAUCAUGGGGCCUCCAGAUCGGUGUGAGCAUGCAGCCCGGAUCAUCAAUGACCUCCUCCAGAGUCUUCGGAGUGGGCCCCCAGGUCCUCCAGGGGCCCCUGGCAUGCCCCCUGGAGGCCGGGGCCGGGGCCGAGGCCAAGGCAACUGGGGCCCUCCUGGAGGGGAGAUGACUUUCUCCAUUCCUACCCAUAAAUGUGGGCUGGUCAUUGGCCGAGGUGGGGAGAACGUGAAGGCCAUUAACCAGCAGACAGGCGCCUUUGUGGAAAUAUCUCGGCAGCUGCCGCCCAAUGGGGACCCCAAUUUCAAGUUAUUUGUCAUCCGGGGCUCACCCCAGCAGAUUGACCAUGCAAAGCAGCUCAUUGAGGAGAAGAUAGAGGGUCCCCUCUGCCCAGUUGGACCAGGCCCUGGGGGACCAGGCCCUGCUGGACCCAUGGGGCCUUUCAACCCUGGACCCUUCAACCAGGGGCCUCCAGGGGCACCACCACAUGCUGGUGGUCCCCCUCCUCACCAGUACCCGCCUCAGGGCUGGGGCAAUACCUACCCCCAGUGGCAACCACCUGCCCCUCAUGACCCAAACAAAGCUGCAGCAGCGGCUACAGACCCUAAUGCUGCCUGGGCCGCCUACUACUCCCACUACUACCAGCAACCCCCAGGCCCCGUGCCAGGCCCUGCCCCAGCCCCUGCAGCCCCACCUGCGCAAGGGGAGCCCCCCCAGCCUCCACCUACUGGCCAAUCAGACUAUACCAAGGCUUGGGAAGAGUAUUACAAAAAAAUUGGCCAGCAGCCCCAGCAGCCUGGGGCGCCCCCACAGCAGGACUACACCAAGGCCUGGGAGGAGUACUACAAGAAGCAAGCACAAGUGGCCACUGGUGGGGGUCCUGGAGCACCCCCUGGCUCCCAGCCUGACUACAGUGCCGCCUGGGCUGAGUAUUACAGACAGCAGGCUGCUUACUACGGACAGACCCCAGGCCCUGGUGGCCCACAGCCACCUCCCACCCAGCAGGGACAGCAGCAGGCAAGUGGGAACUGCCACCCUCCUCCUCCUCCUUUCUCCUUCCAACCCCCGGCCACCGUCCAUCCUGCCUUAGUGGGUAGCGCCGGAAACCCUUUCCCCUGCGGGGUGUGCCCUUGAUGCCAGCCUCGGGCGCGUGGCCAGAGUCUCCCAGAGCCCUGCAGCCCCGCCGCUGGGAAGCGCUCGAUGGGUGCAGAGGCUCACUGAAGAGGCUUCUCCGGUAGCCACUGUUGGUGCGACGUUGUCGGGUGCUGGGGGCACCGGCUGCAAAGGUGGAACUCUGAACUGCUGGGGUGUCCCGGGUGGGGGCAGGAAGUGGGGACUGUGCUGGGUACCAUGCCGGUUGCUGAACCCGCUCGCUCAAAAUCUGGCCACUUGGGAAGAAAAUGUCUAUUUUUUUUCCCCGUCUCAGCAUCACUAUUUUGGGUUUUGUUCUUUUUUAUUCUUUUUUUUUUUUUUUUCUUUUUUUUUUUUUUUCUUUUUUUUUUUUUUUUUUUUUUUUUAAGCCACCAUCUUUAUAUCCCCCAUGUUCAAGUAAUGCGUGUUGCAGGCGGCCCUGGCUCUGCUGGGAUGUGAGGGGAGCCCACUGAGGGACUGGGCCCUCCUGUUGGCGAGGACACCUCUGGUGUGCUUGCCUCUGUGUCCCGGUCUUGUCUGUGAAGUGGGCAUGACGAUAGUUGCCACCUUCCAACCUACCUCACAGGGGUGUUGUGGGGACACCAUGGUCUGAAUGUUGUGACGCCCAGCCGCCGCCUCCCUCCUCUGUCCCCCUCCCUCCUGGCACUUCUCCCCUGUGUGCCCUCUUCCACACCUCUGGCUUCUGCUGCAGACUCCUCCUCCUCUUCCUCCUCCUUUCUCCUGUUUCUCCACCAAGGAGCAGUCUGACCAGUGGAGUCCCCAAGACAGACAGUCACAGCCCCCUGCUUAGCCUGUGGGGGCUUGGGCUCGGCCUCUUGGCCCACUGCCUGGAGUCGCAGCCUCUUGUAGCCAGGCCGCCCUCCUGCCAUGACCAUUCCUGUCUCUCCCUCUCUGCAGGCAACUGAAGCAAAUGGAUAUGAACUUCAUCUGUGAAAAUAUUUUUUCCCUUCAUUUUUGUUCCAUUUGGGGGUUUCUUUUUAUUGGUUUCUAUAUUUGAUUGGUUUGGUGAGAGAACAACGGCUGCCUAGGGUGCAAGGAUCCCCUUCAUGCUGAGGCGCCCUCUCUCAUUCUGUGUGUCUCACAUCUUUUUCCUUUCCAAAAUCGGGAUCCUUCAUGUUGAGCCAGCCUUAGAAAAUAGCGAGAAUUUAACCUCUGCCAAAAAAAAGAGAAAAAAUGUAAAAAUUAAAUCACAAAGAGCAGAACAAAACCUAUAAAAUGAUAUAUAUAUAGAAAUAUAUAAAUCUUUAUCCCCCAGCCUUUGAGCCCACCCUCUGAGGGAAGCGAUUCACUAUCUCCCUACUGUCCGGGGCCCUAUUGUUUUUAAAUAAACUUUUUAAAAGGAAAGAAAGUCACUCUUGCUAUCUUUUUUUUUUUUUUUUUUUUUUUUUUUUUUUUUUUUCUUUUUUUCUUUUUUUUUUUUUUUUUUUUUUUUUUUAGUUAGAGUUGGAACAUUCCUUGACCAGGUGUGGGUGUCACAGGCCCCUCCUGUCCCUGCCCAUCUCUCUCUGUCUGUCUCUCUCUCUCUCUUCCCGCCCCGCUCUCCCCUGGCUCCUCCCUAUACCCACCCCAACCCCAGGACUGGCCUGGUACGUUGUCAUCUGUUGAAGAUGAGAUAAACUGAGAAAAAAAUGAGAACAAAACAAAAAAAUUGUAUGGCAGUUUUUACUUUUUAUCGCUCGUUUUUAACUUCACAAAUAAAUGGUAACAAAACCUC